AUGCUUGUUUUGUUCUGUUUGUGGCAUCUGAUUGGUGUGUUUGGUGAGUCUGUGUCAGUGGUGGAGGGAGAUUCUGUUCAUCUACACACUUAUGUUACUGAAAUACAUGAAAACGAUGACAUGCAGUGUAAAUUUGGAGCUGAUCACUCACUUAUAGCUGAAAUCAGUAGAGCUGCUGGAAUCUUCUCCACAUCUUAUGUUCUUGAUGAGAGAUUCAGAGACAGACUGAAUGAAAUACAUGAAAAUGGAUCUCUGACCAUCACAAACAUCACAUCUGAACACACUGGACUCUAUAAAGUAGAGAUUACUGGACUGAAACUGUCAUCAAAAACAUUCAGUGUUUCUGUCUAUGCUCGUUUGCCCAUUCCUGUCAUCAGCAGUAACUCUUCACAAUGUUCUUCUUCAUCAUAUUGUUCACUGGUGUGUUCAGUGGUGAAUGUGGGUCAUGUGACUCUCUCCUGGUACAAAGGAAACAGUUUAUUGUCCAGCAUCAGUGUGUCUGAUCUCAGCAUCAGUCUCUCUCUACCUCUGGAGGUGGAAUAUCAGGAUAAAAACAGCUACAGCUGUGUGAUCAACAAUCCCAUCAGCAACCAGACUCAACAUCUGGACAUCACUCAACUCUGUCACACAUGUUCAGAAGUCCACAUCUACUGCUGCGGUUUUACUGAAGCUGUGAUCCGAUUGGUCGUCUCUGCUUUGGUGGGCGUGGCUACUGUGGUUGUUCUGGUUUAUGACAUCAGAUCCACAAGAGAAGACGAGAAGCAGAUAUCAUACAUAUUAUGACAUAUCUUAAGGUUCUAUGAAGAUUAAGAUAAAAAAAAUAAUGAGUCUCAACCAGUGGCUUCCCCAGUUGCCCCAACUUAUAUUGAUUAUUGAUACUUUGGGCCAGUUUUCCAAGACGUGAUCUUUUUUUUUUUCCCUCUCUUGAAUGGAUGGAAAUUGUGCUUUUUCACACGCUUUAUGUAAGAUUCCAGUAUCAGUUGUUUCAUACUGUACUUUGAUUAAUCCUAUUAUUGUCAUCAUAGACUCUCGUUUAUAUAGUUAUAUUUAGAUCCGAGUAGAUUAAAUAUUAUGGAGCAAUCUGUGAUGUCUAGCAGUAAAUGUAAGGUACUGCAGAUACAUUUGAAAUCGUUUGGUACGAUGCUGUAAGAGCUUCAUGAGGAAAGCUAUAAGUGAAUCAAAAAGAAAGUCUAGUAAUGUGACAAAAAGAGAAAUAAUAAUGUAUUUCAAACAUCUAAGAUCAAACUACGGAUGGACAGUGAUAUAAUGAACACAGUAUGUUAAGAUUUUUUGAAUAUCUCAUCAAGUAAGAAAUUACUUAAAAUUUCUAAUUUAAUUCAACAUUUAAUUAAAUAAAAAUAUCCUCUAUAUAUAGCAAUAAUUUUUUGCAGAAAUUAAAUAGGCCUAGUUGAUCUUUUGCAUGUCACAUGACCAUUAACGACAUCAGAGACCCGUGAUCAAUGUGUGGUUGAUUUAGUGAAACUAACUUAAUCUCAGAGCAACUUUAAGUAAAUGGUAAAUAAAACAUUUAAAAAUGUUUAUAAAACUGAAAAAAAAAAAAAAAAAA